UCCGAAAUUAAAUGAAACAUCAUCGAAGAUCGCUCUCUUUGCAUUUAUACCGCGAACCACCGUGACUUAACGAGUUAAAAGGAAAAAGAAUAGGCAGAGGUAUUUAGACAACUAAUGUCUUACUAUAUUCUCGCAACAUUUGUCGACGAACACAUUGCAUUAAAUGACGGGCAUUCGGAGCGUUUGAUGUUUCAGGCGCAGCGUUCGUCAACGCACCCCCGACGCGCGUGUUGCGUGUCAAGAAGAUAAUAUCUCAAAUAUUUUUUAACAAAUCGCGUAAGUUCGCACGGCCACACUGUGACGCUCCCUCGAUAUUGCAAAUUUGCAAUAAAACAAAAACAAACAAAGAUUGAUCCGGAAGAACCUCUCGUGGCCGCGCAACAACGGUUAUUUCUCGGAUCGCGUCUAGACUCGUUCCUUUCUACGACACACAACGGCUAUAAUAAGAGUAACGCGGUGUUAAUAACGGCCUCGGAAAAAAGCCGAUUGACAAUCAAGUGACAAUACAUUUCGUCGGCAAUCAGGCCAGUAUGUUGCUGAUGGAGCUCCGUCGGCGGUUCGACCGAGGCAUUCGCAGCAGCUGACCCGCACAACUUGAGAGUAGCGAAGUAACAGGGCAGUAUAUGAGGACAGCGUGUUUCCUUCCGCUCUUAGCCGCUGCCGACAAGGGGAAUUCGGUUUCGAGCCGAGCAGAGAAGCCGUGCACCGGUCUGGGUGGAGUCUCCUGCGGCGUUGUACCGCCUUUGACAAAUACUUGGAAACAGGAUAGCAGGAGGAAAGCCCGGGAAAGAGCGAGGGUGAAUCGCUCGCUAGCAAGCGAGGACAGAGGUGAGAUGGCAGUUGCGGAUCGCGCGUUAGAUUCAACACGCUUCGUGCACGCAGUCGGCGAAUUAAAGAUACUACGCUCAAGUAUCGCCGCUGAAAAUCCAAGCAGUCUACAAACCAACUAUCUGAAAAACAGUACCAUCGGAGAUCCCCGAUAUCUCUCGAUCCGCUACUGCAAAGACGUGAGUGGAAGACAGUAGGAGCGCGCGCGACCCGCUUUCUCCCACCCAGGGAGUAACGCAUAUCGAGCCGGCACAGUCUGAUCGUUCCCGAACAUGUUCCCCUGCGAACGCAAGACUCGAGUGUGACCCGGCCUGGGGACAUGGGCACGUCCUCGGCGAAGGUCAACGGACUCUUCUGUGCGAUUACACCGCCACGGGACGCGUGGGUGUGCGUACGUGUGCGUACGUCCAACAGCUGGCGACGCGUCAUUUUGCCGCGAAACAUGACGCAUUAGAAAUCAGCCACGGAGCCGCGAAAAGAAACACUCCGCCGGCGGAAUGGCAGGAGACAAUCUGCGUGAAAAGCUCUGUCGAAGUCACGCGUACAUCGGCUCAUUACCUUUGUAUACCUGGAGCGGCCACGUGGGUGACGUGCGCGUCGAACGACCUGAUUCUUCAAGGUUUUUCGACGUUGACGUUGAAGCUCGCGAUUCAAGCAUUCUCUCCUGCGGAAUUAACGCGAAUGCCGUCACGUACGAUGAUCGACGGGAACAGAGAUUUAUUCGGCGCGAUUUUACGAGCAACGCUCCGACGAAAGUACAACGAUGGCGCACGUGAUGCGACAAUGCGCCCGCCCAUGUCCCUUCGUGAGACGCAAGA